AUGCUGGGUCGGUCUCUUACAUCCAAGGCAUCAAUACUCUCUAAAAAUGUGGCUUGCGCAAGACUGUUUUCUGUGAAUGCUACUUUCCUAAAGACUAAAGGUACUAAAGAAAGCUCAGGUGGACAUAAGAAAGAACAUCAGAAUGCAGAAGAAAUGAAGGAACAGCAGUUAUUCGACAAAAAUAAGGAAAAUCUGGAAAAAAUGGAAAGUGACUACAAAUAUAGCGAUUUCCAGAAACCUACCAUGGAAGAACUGAAGAAAAAAGGUGACGAUGCUAGAAUAGAACAAAAUAGACCAGAUGAUGGUGUCUACUGA